ACACAGACCCUGGGGGUAGUUUGUGCGCAGUGGCGUAGAUAAGACCCUAUAUAAAGUACUCAAUCCCCCCUUAUCGUUCGCUCGACAAAGAGACAGCUGCCAUGAAGUUAUCUCUUACAACCCUUAUCGCCAUUGCGUCCACCAUGGGCGCAAUUGACGCCCUUUCGAUUCCCAACGCCAUGUCAGGCCUCCAGAAGUCGUUCCAGCUCAACCACCCCGACCGUUUCGCCCAACUGUACGAGAACUUCGUGGGCAAGCUUGGCUCCAGCUUCGACAAGCUUGGUGCCAGCAAGGACCUGGUGAUGGACGCCAUUGCUAAGCACCUCAACGACCCCUUGGAGAACAUCCCUAAGGAAACCAAGAAGGUGUGGUCCGACAUGAUGAUGGAGUUCCCAGAAACCAUCAUGUCGAUGAACUUCAAGUCGUUGCCAAAGAAGUUCAAGUCCAAGGUGUUCGACCACUACGUGGCCAGCACCAAGGUCCCCAACCACAGUUUGAGAGUCAAGAGCACCCCAGAAAGCUUGGGCAUUGACAAAGUUAAGCAGUACUCCGGUUACUUGGACGUCAAGGACGAAGACAAGCACUUCUUCUUCUACGCAUUCGAGUCCAGAAACGACCCCAAGAACGACCCUGUUAUCUUGUGGUUGAACGGUGGCCCUGGCUGCUCUUCCUUGACCGGUUUGUUCUUCGAGUUGGGUCCUGCCUCCAUUGGCCCCGACUUGAAGCCAGUCCACAAUCCUUACAGUUGGAACAACAAUGCCACCGUCAUUUUCUUGGACCAGCCUGUUAAUGUCGGUUACUCCUACUCUUCUGGCUCGGUUUCGAACACCGUCAAUGCCGGUAAGGAUGUUUACGCCUUCUUGGAGUUGUUCUUCAAGCAAUUCCCUCAAUACUCCAACUUGCCAUUCCACAUUGCCGGUGAGUCUUACGCAGGCCACUACAUCCCAGUCUUUGCCAGCGAGAUCUUGUCCCACGAUGACCGUUCUUUCAACUUGACUUCCGUCUUGAUUGGUAACGGUUUGACCGAUCCUUUGAACCAAUACGACCAAUACCAACCAAUGGCCUGUGGUGGUGGUGGAUAUCCAGCUGUUUUGGACGAGGAACAAUGUCAAUCGAUGUCUGACUCAAUCCCAAGAUGUUUGUCUUUGAUCAACUCAUGUUACGAAAGCCAAUCUGUCUGGUCAUGUGUUCCAGCUUCCAUCUACUGUAACAAUGCUCAGAUGGGCCCUUACCAGAGAACUGGCAGAAACGUGUAUGAUAUCCGUGCUGAAUGUGAAGGUGGAAACUUGUGUUACAAGGACUUGGAGUACAUUGACCAAUACUUGAACCAAGACUUCGUCAAGGAAGCUUUGGGUGCUGAAGUCGAUGAUUACGAAAGUUGCAACUUUGACAUCAACAGAAACUUCUUGCUUGGUGGUGACUGGAUGAAGCCAUACUUCAAGAACGUGAUUGAUAUUUUGGAACAAAACAUCCCAACUUUGAUUUACGCUGGUGACAAGGACUUCAUCUGUAACUGGUUAGGUAACAGAGCCUGGACUGACAAGUUGGAAUGGUCUGGUUCGGAAGGAUUUUCUAACGCUGAAGUCAAGGACUGGAAGGUCGGCAAACACCACGCUGGUGAAGUCAAGAACUACAAGCACUUCACUUUCUUGAGAGUGUUUGAUGGUGGUCACAUGGUCCCAUACGAUCAACCACAAAAUUCUUUGAGUAUGCUCAACAGAUGGAUUAGUGGUGACUUCAAGUACGAGUGAUUAGCUAGUUAAAAUUAUACCAUAUAGGA